CCCUCCUGUUUCCUUAUGCGCGGUCGCCAAACAUAACACUGCUGCACUUUACUUCACCGCUGUGCGAACUUUUCAAACAGCUUGACAUUUUUCUAGCUACGUCCUCACCAACAAUAUCAUCAUUUUUAAUGAGCUUACUGUGAAAUUUUCUUUUAGAAUUUGCAUUUCCCUAUUUUUCCUCCAAAAUGCCUGAGUUCAUAUCAGUGGAUGAGUUUAUCGAGGAGACUUUGGAGGACUACAGCUCUCCCACCACCUCUUCCUUCUACACCAAAAUGACAAGUUGCCGAAAUUCCGCCAACCUUAUUGAGGAGGCCUUGGACUCUGACCGCACAAUCUUGCAGAAAAUGAAGAAAGCAGCCAAAGCAAAGCAUUUCUCUGGUCAAGACCACAUAUCACAUUUGGAGUUAUACAUCAAUUCCAUGGAGAAGUUGGCUGUGAAUUUCCGCAACAAUGGAGAACAGGAAGUGGCCUCUGCAUUUAAUAAGUUUGCAGAAUUCUCCAAAGAACUGCUGAUGCCAAUGAAGAACUUGUUGAAGAGCAUGUUGCACAACAUUAACUUCUUCCUGGACUCGCUGGUAAAAGGGGAUCUGAAAGAGGUCAAAGGUGACCUGAAAAAGCCCUUUGAGAAAGCAUGGAGAGAUUAUGAAAAUAAAUUCACUAAGAUCGAGAAAGAGAAGAGGGAACUGGCGAAGCAGUAUGGUAUGGUGCGCACAGAGGUGAGCGGAGGAGAGAUUGCAGAAGAGAUGGAGAAAGAGCGCAGGAUGUUCCAGCUACAGAUGUGUGAAUACCUCAUCAAAGUAAAUGAAAUUAAGACCAAGAAAGGAGUAGACCUGCUACAGAACCUGAUCAAACACUACCACUCUCAGUGCAAUUUCUUUCAGGAGUGUCUGGCUACAACAGAAAAGCUGAAGCAGUACAUUGAGGUCUUCACGGGUCAGCUGAGCGCUAUCAAACAUAAGCAGGAUGAGGAAAAGAGACAGCUCUGUUCUCUCAGAGAUCAGCUCAGACCUGCUCUACAGCCCGAAUUCAAAGAGCAGUCCAGGAGAGAUUCUCUAAGCAGACAGACCGUGUACAGCAUGCAUCAGCUUCAAGGCAACAAGCAAUAUGGCACAGAGAAAUCAGGCUACCUCUACAAGAGAAGUGAUGGGUUGAGGAAGAUGUGGCAGAAGAGGAAAUGUUCUGUGCAGAACUGCUAUCUUACCAUCGCUCAUGGAACCCCUAAUAAAUCACCAGCUAAACUGAACCUCCUCACCUGUCAAGUCAAACCAAGUCUGGAAGACAAGAAAUGCUUUGACCUCAUCUCACAUAAUCGAACUUACCAUUUUCUGGCUGAUGAUGAGUCUGACUGUAUGGCGUGGAUAUCAGUGCUGACAAACAGCAAGCAGGAGGCUCUAAAUGUGGCUCUGGAUGAGAGGAGGACAAGUGGGGAGAACAGCGUGGAGGACCUGACGCGAUCUAUCACUGAGAAUAUUCGCCGCAUUCCUGGAAAUAACGUUUGCUGUGACUGCGGGGCCACAGAUCCGACUUGGAUCUCUAUAAACCUGGGAAUUCUGACGUGCAUCGAGUGCUCAGGGAUCCAUCGGGAAAUGGGUGUACAUUAUUCACGUAUUCAGUCACUUUCUCUGGACAAACUAGGCACUUCAGAAUUGCUGUUGGCGAGAAACGUGGGGAAUUCAGGUUUUAAUGAAAUUGUGGAAGCCAAUCUUCCUAGUCCCUCUGUGAAGCCGUCAGCGGAGAGUGACAUGGCCGUACGUAAAGACUUCAUACUCUCAAAGUAUAUGGAUUGGCAGUUUGCACAGCGUAGCAGCAGCUCACCAGAAACAAAACGCAAAUAUCUGCAGGAUGCUGUUCGCAGUCGAGACGUCUUCAGCCUGUUACAGCUGUACGCUGAGAGAACAGAACUCAGCCAGCCUCUGCCAUCCCACCUACAGGAAAAGGGGGAAACUGCUCUACACUUAGCUGUUCUAUUGGCUGACAGAACAUCACUCCAUGUGGCUGACUUCCUGUUCCACAAUAGUAAUAAUCUGGACGCUCAGACAAUGAAGGGAAACACUGCUUUGCAUUACUGCUGCCAGCACAACAAAACGGAGUGCCUUAAACUUCUGCUCCGAGCCAAGGCCAACACACAUAUCAAGAAUGAUAAUGGAGAGACGGGACUGGACGUGGCUCGCAGACUGAAGCACACACUGUGUGAGGAGCUGAUCCACCAGUCACAGAACAACCAGUUUAACAUGCACGUGCACGUGGAAUAUGAGUGGAGACUCCGGCAGGAUGACCUUUACGAGAGUGAUGACGACCUAGAUGACAAGAUGGGCCCAGUGAAGAAGGAGCGCUUAGGACGGCCGUUCAGCUUGUAUCACAGUAACUCUGCCUCUCACAGUGGCGGAGGGGGUUUGUUAAACGUGGGUCGGAGGCUAGCAAUGGCCCGAGGGGAUAACCGGAAGGACGUGUAUGCCGGUCCCAACUCUCAGACUCGUAGCCUCGACAGUCCUCCUCCGCCACCCCCUUCAUCACCUGCACCGCCACUCCCACCCCGGGUCAGAGCUCCAAACGUCCCCCCUCCUCCCCCUCCCAUGAGCUCACCUGAUGGCUGGACGUCCCAUGAAGUAAUCGGCAGUAAGAAACGAACCCCUCCUCCCCCUCUUAUCAUCCGACACAAGCGCACCUACUCUGAGCCCGGCCCUCAAGUGCCCCCCAGCCCCCACUCUACACGGCAGGGACCUACAGAUUAUGGAGUACCUUCAUGUCCGAUAAACUUCGGUGGUCCAGACUCACCUUUCCAGAAGUGUGGCUCAGGUUCUCCCAAAUACACGGCAUCCACUCUCAACUCCUUAUCUGAGCUACCAGAACGAGCAGGCUUUCGAGCAGAUGGGGAAAGCAGCUCGUCUCACUUUCUGUACCAAACACCACAACCCAUCAGCACCGCUGGACGUCACACCCCGGGCCUGUCUCCCACCUCUCCCCGCUCCUUUAGCCUGGAGACUAACGGAAGCUCCUCUUCCUCCUGCCACACUGCUCCUCACCCACUGCCCAGAAAAACUUUGAUAAAGUCGAAGUUGAGGCGUGUGAAGGCCAUGUACGACUGUGUGGCAGAUCAUCACGAUGAGCUCACCUUCAGUGAGGGUGACGUUCUGGUGGUACUCGGAGAGGAAGAUGCUGACUGGUGGCAUGGCUACAUCGAGGGACAGCCAGACAGAACGGGCUUAUUUCCAGCAUCGUUUGUCUCUAUGCUCACCGAAUGAAGCCGGCCAGGACCUGAAAUCAUAGCACGGUUGACUUUACUGCCAAAGCACCCUGGGAAAUGAGGGGCUUGAAGUCUACCCACAGAACCACCGGUAAUGAAGAAUCAGCAUAACAAAGCAGCGCUCACAGCGCCAGGAGAGAUGGGAACGAGUUGUGCUGUGGACAAAAAUUCUCAUAGUUUGUGGUUGUUCAGGUCCAUUCCCCAUGUACCAUCCUAAAACUGCCCCAAAAGCACACACAGCAGGAACCGCAUGUCAUUUGUUACAUUGAACUGAACUCGAAUGUGAGUAAUCAUUCUGUCAGGCCACAGAAUUGUAUUGAGGAAGUGUGAUGUCGAGAUUGCUGAGAAAUGGAGACAAAAAAAGAAUGGCUUUAAAGCACAAUUUUCUGUGACUGGGUAACUUGGUAACAACAUAAUUAUUUUAGAAAAGAAAAGAAUGAAUGAUGAAAACCGUGUGCUUGGACAAAUAGCACAAAAACACAUUCAGGUCAUAUUUCACCUACAUUAAAAAGAAAAAGCUUUUUCUAUAUACCAAGAAUAUUUGACAUCUUCUCAAUGAUUUAGCACACUUUCCCCCAAAUUGUUAGUUAUUUUUAAUUCUAUUCUAAUUUUGAAUUAUCAUUGUUGUCAUUUAUUGUUCUCUAUUAUAUACUGUACAGUAUUUUAUUACAUAAAUGGCGUAAAAAUACUACUAGUUUCAAUAAUAAAAUGAAUGAAGGUAUAAAAAGAUAAAUAUAUAUAUAUAUAUAUAUAUAUAUAUAUAUAUCCCAGAAUAAAAAAAAAAUAGUUUUAAUAAAACAUUAAUGGUCCUAAAACGUCUUUAUUCCAAAGGGAAUUUUCUUUUGAUUUUGGGUGAAACACCAUUGUUUCUGUAACUUCAGAUAAAAUAAUAACAGUUAAGUAAGUGGUUUAUUAAAAACAGACCACAGAUUAAUCACAGGUUACAAAGAUGUGCACACACCACACAAUUUGGCCAUUACAAUGGGAUCAAACCAUCACAUUCAACUGGACAGUCUGUACUAACUUCUUAAAGUGCUUUAGAGUAGAGAACUACUUGUGGCAGAAGACAUUUUUUGCAAAUUAUGUCACACCCAGGGAACAUUACAUCUGCGGUCACAUGUUGAGAUGCACACAAAACGAUAAAAAGUAAUUUGGCCACAGCUUUUCUUGACUGUACUGCUCAGACUCCUCCUAGAUAAUUAUUCCACAAGGGAGGUGGAAUAAAUAGUCAAUUUUAAUUAAACUAUUUCACUACUUGGAUCAGAGGAUCUUGUAUAUAGACAGUCAUGUAUUACAGUACAAGUUGAAAAUGUGGUUUCAGAAUUUGCUUUUUAUUUGUUAAAGAACCUGAAUGGAAAACUAGGGUGUUGUGAGAUAUUUAUGUAUUGUGUAUUUCUUUAAAAAAAAAAAAAAAAAAAAAAAAGCUUGUAUGUUUUUCUGUAUUUUUAUUUAUGCAAAAUUAUCAAAUAUUUUUGUAUUACUGUCCUGGAUGCCCUAAACUGUGACUUUUGAAUUCAAAUAAUUUUGUAUUGUUUAUGCUUUGGUUUUGUUUCUAAUUAGAUUAAAACUGAAUUUGAGUGUUUGUGUA